UACGGUUUAAUUGGUGUGGAGGAAUCAGAAUAGCCUUCAUAAAAAGAAGUCCUCAUAUUGCGACUCUUUCAUUAGUGCAAAUCAGAGACGCUCAUUAUCAUUAUUGUUUGUGGUGAAGAUAAUUGGAAGAAUCGCUGAUGAUGGGUCGAAGUCUAACACUUCCGUUUUUUGAAAACAGUUACCAGAGAGUGGAUCUGUGAUCUGAUCAUGUUCAUUAUUGGGACGAAAAUUCAUUAUUGGUGCAUUUUCAAAAUUGGGGGGAGUGAUUGUGUCAAGUAGGAUUUAGGAUUUCACAUGUCUUGAUCUGCAAGGAUGCCUUUAGUGAUUUUUAAAUAAGGAAGAGGAAAGAAAUUAAUUUUAUAAUUGUUCACUUGUGAUAAAAUCGAUGUGGAAUUCAGUAAUUUGAUUGAAUCAAUGGAGGAUAAUUCAACGAUGGCGGACAAUUCUUCGACGAAAUUGGAACUUCCAAUCGAUAUGCAAUUUAAUGAUGGGCAUGUCGUUAGCAUAGCAACAUAUAGUGUGCUAAUGGUCAUAUCAGCAAUAGGAAACUCGACUGUUUUGUUUCUUAUCAGUCGAAGAAGAAGAAACUCAAAAACGAGAAUCAAUACGAUGCUUAUGCAUUUGGCCAUUGCAGAUUUAUUGGUAACUUUUUUAAUGAUGCCUCUUGAAAUUGGAUGGGCAAUUACUGUAUCCUGGAAAGCAGGAGACGCAAUGUGCAGGAUAAUGGCGUUUUUCAGGAUAUUUGGAUUAUAUUUAUCAUCCUUCAUUUUAAUUUGCAUAAGUAUAGACAGAUAUUAUGCAGUUUUACGACCCUUGCAAAUCGUCAAUAUAAACAGAAGGAGUAAAAUUAUGUUGAUUGGGGCUUGGGUGGGUUCCACUCUCUGUUCCAUGCCUCAGAUGCUUGUAUUUCAUGUCGAAACCCACCCAAAUUUUACGUGGUACGAGCAAUGUAUCACAUUUAAUACUUUUCCGAGUUUUACUCACGAAUUGACUUAUUCAUUAUUUGGAAUGCUGAUGAUGUAUUGGCUUCCCCUAAUUGUUAUAAUUUAUUCAUACACGAGUAUUCUCGUAGAAAUUUAUAAAAGAUCCAGGGAUUCUAAUCCUGAUAAAAUACGUCGAUCCUCUUUGGGAUUUUUGGGAAAAGCAAGGAUCCGCACCCUCAAAAUGACGAUAAUUAUUGUCCUUGUAUUCUUUGUUUGUUGGACUCCAUAUUACGUCAUGAGCCUAUGGUAUUGGGUGGAUAGAAGUUCUGCUGUUCAAGUUGACCAAAAAGUGCAAAGGGCCCUUUUUCUUUUCGCCUGCACAAACUCCUGCAUGAAUCCAAUUGUUUAUGGUGCUUUCAACAUUCGCAACAAAAAAAAGGAAACGACUUCACAUAGGGUAAUAAGUUCCGAAAAAAAAGGUUUAGGACUUCAAGCCUCUCGAGAUUCCUUAAAAGGAAAUCAAAGCGUGAAUUUCAGCCAGCAUGAAAAUUUAUUGACCCAAAGUCAACGUGAUUCAACCAAAACAAUUAAAUUGACAGAAUUUGGACUUGAUAUCUGCAAUGUGGAGAAAUUUCUUACGAGACACUUGGAAAAUGCACUGCAGGAUGAUGAAUUCAGUAUUUCCAUAAACCACAUUAGACCUAGAAAAAAACCAGUAGGUGAAGAUGAAAUAUUGCUCGCUGCGGAGUUUUCCAAGACUAAAGAUAAAUUUGUACUUAUGCUAGACAGACACACCAAAAGAGUGAUUCUCGAAACUGCCGAAAAUGGGUUUUCCUGCUCGGAGCAUCUUGUAAUUGACAGUUUAGAUGUAAUUGACCCAAUUAAAAAUCUCGUUUUUGUUCUUCGUCAAAAACAGCCCGAGGCACAUCUUGAAAUUUAUGCCGAUUGUCUUUAUCAAGGAGAAAUUCCUUUAAGAAGAACAAUGAGGGAAAUGUCAGAAAUCGAAGAUUCAUCAUCUCUGAGAGUGUUUAGAGAAAGAAGGUGCAGAAUAAAAAUCCAUAAAUCAGGGGAUGUUGACUAUGUACUCCAGGAAGAAAAUUGCCCAGCCAAUAUGACGAAUGUAUUUAAUAAUUUGAAAGGAAUUGACGAAUCAUUUAAAAGUGAUAGGAUUCGCAGGGAUAGAGAAGAUAGGGGAGACAUUCCUGCUCCUGUUUUUAUUGGCUCAGAUUGCGUGGGAGGUCAAGAUUUGUCCAAUAUUACACGGGAAUUGGUGAGGUACAUUAAGGUGAUACGCGAAGAACUUCGUGAAAACACUGAGGAAACUCGAAGGAUUCGAAAUUUGUUGGACAACUGUCUUGCCUGUAAAGGUGAGAUGAGAGGAUUUAAAGAAGAUGUAAGGGGAAGUAAACAGCAGAUGGAAGGUGUCAGUGAGGACAUGAGGUUUGGAGACGCUGAAUGGGAAAAGAAGAUGAAAGACCACAGGGAGAAAAAAGUAGGGUGA